AUGCGGCUCAAUAUGGCAUCACUUGUAAUUUUCUCAAUUCUCAUUCUUGACGGAUUUUGUCGGAUAAUUGAGCAGCGCAAAUUUGGCACCGAUGACUGUUCAAUUCUAGCCAUUAUAACAGGAAAAACUAAAGAAAAUGCGGAUUGCAAUCUUAAAAAUUUGCUGCAAAAGGAAUACUUUCCACAAAAACGCGAACGUGUGCGCUCAUCUCGAAAACGAACAAUCCUUCAAUUCGAAAUUGGAACUUGUCAAGUAAAUGAGCCAUGUCGGGUUUCGGGAAAACGAACGUGCCUAUGCCCGAAGAGUUUUGUCUGCGAACCAGGACCUUCUGGAGAUUACAGUUGUGUGAAAUUAGGCUUCUACACGAUAUUUGGAAGAUAA